GAAGCAGCAGUCUAUGCACAUUAAUCUUUAGUGCCCGGACUAAAAGCAACGUGAUAAGACACCAAGUGAAAUGAAGCGAAAAAAUAACAAUAAUAAAUUAAUACAAUAAAAAAAUAACUUAAACUGCAGUGAAAACAAUACAAUUAUUCUCAACAGAACAGUGAGUUGUGACAAACGUACCUAACGAUCUCCUGUAAAAAAAAAAUACAAACAGCUAAUAAAUUGUAAUAAAUAAUUAAAUUUUCACAAAUCACGGAAAAUUAAAUAAAACAAAUUAACAAAGAAAAUGUGCUAGUCUUUUAAUAAUAAAAUAAAGUAUAAAAUAAAUGAAUUAAAUUAUUAUUGUUAUUUUAAAAUGGAUUUCGAUCAAGUAUUAGAAGAAAUCGGUGAAUUUGGCCGCUACCAAAAAACUAAUUAUUUAUUAAUAUGUCUGCCGGUCAUGUUUGCCGCAGCUAAUAGUUUAUCGUAUGUUUUUACUGCCGGUUCACCAGCUUAUAGAUGCUUAAUACCUCAGUGUGAUGACUUGCAACAGCAAGAAUUAUAUCCUCAUUGGUUGGCUAAUGCUACUCCGGGUUUUUAUGAUAAAAAUGGAGUUUUCACUCCAGAAUCCUGUUAUCGUUAUCGAGUAAAUGAUUCAGCAAGUACGAACAGCUAUAGGCAAGAGUGUCCUCGCGAUAUGUUUUAUAGCGACUUAAAGGAACGUUGUUUUGAUUGGGUUUUUGAUGAAGAGGAAAGAACAAUCGUACAGGAGUGGGACUUAACUUGCCAAGAAAAUGCUUGGAAAUUGGCAUUUGUUGGUACAAUGCAUUUUGCGGGUCUGGUGGUUGGCACAGCUGGCUCUGGCUAUUUUGCAGAUCGAUACGGUCGCAAAAUCAUCUUUAUCGUUUGCAUUAUAUUCAUGGCAAUAACGGGUGUGGCACAGGGUUUAGCUUGGGAUUAUAAUAGCUUUUUAGUAUUUGCAUUUCUAAAUGCUGUUGGCACAUCGGGUGUUUAUCCUUUAGCAUUUAUUAUUGGAGUAGAAAUGGUAGGGCCCAAGAAACGUGAAAUGUCGUCAAUUGUCUUAAAUUAUUUCUAUGCUGUCGGUGAGGCGUUAGUGGGUCUAACGGCCUGGCUCUUACACGAUUGGCAAUUGUUGCAAUAUGCUCUCUCCAUACCACCAUUAUUUUUUAUAGUCUAUUAUUGGCUUGUGCCGGAAUCAGUAAGAUGGUUGAUAGCUCGCAAUCGUAAAGAGAAGGCGGGUCAAAUUAUACGUAAAGCGGCCCAGGUUAAUCGUAAAGAGUUAUCAGUGGCCUUAUUGGCUAAUUUUCAAACGGAUAAUUCAAGUGAAACUAAUAGAAACAAUGGCGAUAUGAAGCUGGGUAAAGAGAAAGCUGAAAAAUAUGAAAUCUGGUUGGCGGUAAAGGCGGUCUUUAAAUCAAAAACUUUAAUGUUUAGAUAUACGAUCAUGUUGUAUAUAUGGGCUAUUAAUGCAGUGGUUUACUAUGGACUUUCCCUUAACUCUACUAAUUUAAGUGGCAAUAAGUAUUUCAACUUUGCUUUAGUAUGUCUGGUGGAAAUUCCCGGCUAUACCUUGGCCUGGAUUUCACUUAACAAAUUUGGUCGCCGUCUAUCGUUAACUGGUUCAUUAUUCCUUUGUGCCAUAACAUGUGUAGCUGGCGGUUACAUCACUAAAGUUCAACCUAACAUGGAAACACGUUCCAAUUGGAUUAUUAUUUCAUUAUUUUUGAUUGGAAAACUAGGCAUAACCUCCUCCUUUGCUGUAAUUUAUGCCUACACUGCCGAAAUGAUGCCCACGGUUAUACGUAGUGGUGGUGUUGGUGUUAUGUCCACCUUUGCUCGGUUUGGUGCCAUGCUAGCGCCAUUUGUGCCAUUAUUGGGUCUCUAUUAUGAAGCUUUGCCUUUGCUAUUAUUUGGUGCCUUGUCUUUAUCUGCUGGCAUAUUGGCUCUAUUGUUGCCCGAAACAUUUGGCAAAAAAUUACCUGAUACGGUUUCAGAAGCAAAACAGUUGGGUAAAUCGAAUAAGUACUGCGACAGUAGUGAAGUGUCACAAAAUAAUGCGUCGUCUAGCGAUCACAGCAACUGCUUUGAAAGCAAUAGUAGUAAUAAUAAUCAUUCAAUAGGUCAAUGAUUAAUGUUGAUUAAUAAUUAAGUUCAAAGAAGAAUUUAUAUGUAGGUAAUUUAAGUAUUAAAGUUUGACAUAUUUUUGUACUAAUAAAACAUAUUUUUUAUAAAAGAAUUUAAUAUAAAUAUGAAAA